ACGGUCGACGCGUUCAUACCAUUCUUGUAUCAGUCAUUCGGUCACAAAACUUGCAUGACCUGACACCGCUAAGGCAAAGACUCACGCGCCCUUAAGCCCACCACUGAUCCCCUUCCACUUCCACCCAGGAUUAAGCACAGUCAUACACACUCAUUCACCUCCAUCCUCCCUCUCUCUCCCGACACACAAAUAUAAAAAUACCAUGUAAUUCAGAAGCAGCAGCAGCAAUAACACUCCUUGAAUCGAGUCCCAACAACUAAUUCUGCCCCAUCACCCGUCCCUGCAUGGUGUCGUGUUUGCGUCCUCGUCGUGCUGGGGGCGUGGCGGGCUGCACACGGUUCACACAGCGACGGGCAACAAACAGGGAACCAUAACUGGAGUGGUUUGUGGUCUUCUGACAGUCUAUAAAGAAUGCUUCCUUAUUUUUGUUUUCCUGCGACAGUUUUAUUUAUUCCCCCUCCGUCCCCCCUUGAUUGACGCGCUGGCCACGGACCAAAGCUUGCUUGGGUGUUUAUAAUGAAAACUCCGACGUAAACAGUCUUACAGUCAAAGUAUGUUGCAUUGGAAGGACAUGGCUCGCAUAUCACCGCAAUGCUUCCUUCACAAAUAUGUUGUCAAUAAGCUGAAGUGAAUGUUCCCCGAGCUAAACACGUGAAUCAGCUCCAGACGAGAGAGGAAAGACAGCGACCAAGGAACGAAAGUGCGGGUUUGGCUGGAGGAAGCGACUCGCUGCGAAGCAAAAUGUCUCCGGGCCGCCCGCCGCGCCAGACCUGGCGGGUCUUCGCCGUAGAGCUGAUGCUCGGCGCGGAGCCUCCAGCAGGCCGCCCCUGCUCGUGCCGCGGCGGUGGCUGCAGCAGUUACGGUUCUUCAUGAGGCGCUGUUCCUGACGUGGGUCUUGUCGGAGCUGCAACACGUGUCGCUUUCCUUGCCUCCAUGGCCUUGGUUAGUCGUGCAGGCGCCCACACAUCACCGCCGAGCCCCGCGAGACGGUCCCCUCACUCCUCACCAUCACAUUCAUGCCGCGAAUAUUCAUCAUUGUGAAAACACCGCGGCAGCGUCCCCGUGUCUCGUGUCUGGGCUCAUCUCGUUUCGCCGCGGCAGUGUGCUGGUGGUCGAUCGCCGCGGCCUGCACAGCCUUCCCGUCCCCGCCGCCUCCUCGGCGUGUGUGUGACAUCCCUGUGUUCCUGGGGGGCUCCUCGCCGGGCCUCCCAGCACUGCUCCCCAAACAUUUUCCGUCGCUGCCGGAGUCAUGCCUCGGAGAUGGCAGCAGCGGAGAGCCAGACUCCUUAAUCCACUUUCCCUUGUCUCUGCGCGCCGCGAGUUUUGCAUGACAACAAGUGUUAUGGACGAGAACGGGUUUGAUAAGCGUCUGUAACUCAUCCAUACCUCGAGGCCUCACGAGCCUCUCUCUGCACACAUCAUAAAGCAGCCCUGCGCCAGCCGUCUCAGGUUUAUCCCCUAACACAUGUACUUUCCCUAAGCUCGCCAAUUUGCAUGUGCACCAUUGCAGGCUGAACAGUUUGCGGAGAUAUAAUCGAGGUCCGGACACCGACUCCUCCGUGUUUUAUCCCAGAGUUUCGGUCGCUUCCUUCAUCGAAACACAGCUACGACUCGAUGCAAUGUUGCAGGUUAUCUAUCAAAGCAAGAUGAAGCAAUGUGAAAAUGAUGAGCACUACUUUAUCAAAUUGUUAUUUCUAAUUGCAGUGUGCUUGUGUCCUUAUCGCUCUCAUCUGGUCGCAACUCGCGCAGGGAUUGGCUGGUGGAGGCGCAUGCUCGUUCCACCCCCUGCCGCGCCCGCCAAUCACAGAUCUUAUCGCGGGUGGGCGGAGUCGACACACGGGUGGGAGUCUGCUGUGCACGAAAGCGAGAAUGGGAAACUAACUAAAGGAAGAUGAUACUUGGGAGUCACAAUAUUGAACUAUGAUGGUCUCAGGUCAAUCCUCAGCCCUCUACUAAACACGAUGGCUCGGUCUAACUCAAUAUUAAAUGCAAAAAAGAUCUAAACAAGAAGAGAGAUGGCGCUCGGAGCGUGGACCCGGCGCGGUGAGGGCCGAGUCUGGUUCUUCCGCCUGCCACUAGGAGGAGCUGGCGAGGCCUCGAUGGGGCAGUGAAGAUAGUGUUAUCAGAAAGCAGGUUAUCUGCAAUCUCCACGUUGUGAUAACCUCCUCCCUCAUUAUUACCAAACAAAACAAACAGGCCAGUAUGGUGUUCUAUGGAGGCGGGAGGAGGAGCGGGCGGCGCGCAGGGCUCAGUGUGCGGCGGCCAGCGGAGCCUCAGCGUCUGCACUGAACGCGUUUUUGUCAAAGUGGUUCAGGUCAAAGCACGCGAGGAUUUCGUUCCCUCAGCCCGCGUCCCCCACGACGAAGUGCGGAGGAGGCGAGUUUACGGCCGUGUGGGGCCAGGUGCUGCUGAGGGCCUUAUGUGAAGUGGCACCGACACCCGUCCAGGGCUGCCCCUCCCCCCUCCCUCCCCCGGACUGACCCCCGGCCCCAUAAUGCCGGAGCGCCCCGUCCGCGCCAUGGGAAUAUAACGUCUUUGACAAGUGGCCGCAAAAGCGAUACUCCCGCGAGGGCCCCCCGCGCACGAGCACUCACGAACGCCGCGGCAAAAUAUUCGUAAAAGCUUCAAGGGCCCUCAGUAAAUCAGUACGGGUCAAGCAGUGCCGGACAGUGCCGCCAGCUGAACCGUGACAGUGCCGCCAUAAACACUAGUGACCAGCAGCAGCAGGGGCGGCCUGGGAAUGGCCCCGCCGCCACCACCAUCGCCUCCACCGCCGCCACCAGUUGACGACACUCCUAGAUAACGUCCCUGAUAAGACGUAACGGUCACACGCCCAUGGAGGGACCGGCGUUGCCCCGCCCCGCCCCGCCACCACGCCCCCCUCAGUCGUCGCCUGCACGUCCGCACCGCCAGAGGGAAGAUAUUUAGAGUUCCUCCCGAGGGCACGGAGGCCAUAGCUCCUCGCUGCUUCCCUUCUUAUGGCGAGUCUGUUCGCUGCAUUACAGCCAGCGAUACUGAAACUUUUGUGGAGCCGAGGCGGCGGCGCCGCGGCCCUUACUUUAGUGCAACUGUACGGAACGUUUUCUGGUGAGUGAAGUUUCUUCCGCGACAUAUUGUGCGAGAGUGAGGAAAGUUAGGAGAGCCGCGCGGCCAACUUGGAAACACGUGAUAAAAGAAGUCUGAGUGUGUGAUAAGAAAACAAUAUUCAGAUCCAGGAAUGUACUGAAGAGAGGACAAACAGACACGGAACAAAGGAGUGAGUGACUCGGAAAAGUAUUACGAGUGUGAAGACUUGAAAAUGAGUCCAAUCUAGCGCACAGGUUCACAGUGGCUUCCUGCUGAGUGAGGGCCGAGUCAGUGCGGUGGGCGUCUGAUGGGCGGGUGUUAGAAGGCCUCGCCGCCAUGGAGGAGGACGGGUCGGCCUGGUACGCUGACGGCGCCCCGGGCAGCCAGCCCGUGCUGCAGGAGGGGCCGCCAGAUAUGCACCUCAAGGACGAGGCGCCCAUCGAAGGUUCGUUGGACACACACACGCCCAUGGACGCCGCGGACUCCAGCGCCCUGACGGCGAUAGACGUGGAGGCUCACGUCACGAAUGGCCAUCAAGCGGAGGGGCAGCAGGGCGUGCUGCUGCCCCUGGAGGAGGUGGAUGGAUUCUUCACCACGCUGGACUCCAGUGGACGUGAGCACCGACCCCGCUACUACGGCCACGCCCACGCCCCCAACGCCGGCCACGCCCUACAGCAGUACCCACACAACGCCCACGGCCGCGUGGGAACGAGUCCUGUCCGCCCACACUACCCCACGCCCCUGCACGCAUCAUGGUUCCCGGAGCACUCCCGCGGCGUGGGCGUCAGUCACUCCCCCUCCACCUCGUGGGUUGCGCCCCUCACCUCGCGCCCGCCGCCGCCAGCGCCCCUGCACCACCCACACCUCUUCACCUUUCCGCCCACGCCUCCCAAGGACGCCACCCCGGACCCCAUCGGCAUGACGGCGGUGGCCCACGACUACAGCUGCGUCACGACCUCCGCCGCCACCCACGCCGCCCACCAGCAGGGGCUGGAGAUGUCCCUGGCUGAGCUCAAGUCCCCCCCCGCCCUCCUGCCCCUUAUGGGGGGCUCCAAACGCGAAGGUAGCGACGAAUACGCCUUCUCUGUUCCCUUACACCCCCCCGUCCAACCACCGCCCAUCCUCCACGCCCACAACCCUCAACCUCCGCCACCACCGCCCGCUGAGGGGCUCCUUCCCGACCCCUAUGCAGUCCACGACGCCUACCUCCCCGCCCAUGAGGAUGCCUACUACCCCAUACCCCCGGACCCCUCACCCCCCGGACGCGCGCCCGCCAUCUCCGCCUCCAAGAACAAAAGCAAAGCCAAGGCCAGCGCCGAGGGCCGUGAGUGCGUCAACUGCGGAGCCACGUCGACGCCGCUGUGGCGACGCGACGGCAACGGCCAUUACCUGUGCAACGCCUGCGGCCUCUACUACAAGAUGAACGGACAGAACCGGCCCCUCAUCAAGCCCAAGCAGCGCAUGUCGGCCCAGCGGCGGGCGGGCACCAGCUGCGCCAAUUGCAAGACGUCUACGACCACGCUUUGGCGACGCAACCAGAACGGCGAGCCAGUGUGUAACGCGUGCGGCCUCUACUACAAGCUGCACAACGUGAACCGGCCGCUCACCAUGAAGAAGGAAGGCAUCCAGACCCGCAACCGCAAGCUGAGCUCCAAGUCCAAGAAGAAGAAGGGAAUGCUCGGCUUCCCGGACAUGCUGAAGCCCCUGGACAAGGGCGGCUUUGGCGGCUUCGGCACGGGCGGCUCCGGGUUCGGCUCCAUGUCCCACUACAUGUACGGCGGCCAGAUGCACGGCUCCUCCAUGGCGGGCGGCUUCAUGUCGGCGCCGCCCAUGCACGGCAUGUCGGCCAUGUCUGGCGUCGGCCUCGGCCUCUCCUCCAACCCUCAGAUCCAGAUCCCCUCCAGCCUGGGGCUGCAGCAUCCCAUGAAUGGUUGGCGGUCUGACUACACAUGACCUGACCUGAUGCCUGCGACCUUGUAGCGGGCGUGAGUUCGGCGAACAAGCCACCCCAGCUUGCUUGCUGUGUUUCGGGAGCUGCGACGACCGCCCGCAACCCGAGGCCUCGCCCAGCAGGAAUUAGGAGAAGGCGGACGCAGCGGUGCUCAGCGGUUACAGAAAGAUCAGCAAACGUUCACUUGCCACCGAGACCUCUGAGUGUGGACACGAUCCUGUCCUGCACGGGACGCUGAUCCUUGCAUGCUGACACCACUUUGUGAGCGUGUUCCGGUGCUGCCGAGACGCUGCAGGACAGAGCUGGGGCAAAGCAGUGUUCGCGGGGCUCACGGAACAGCGGGAUGCCUGGUAGGAGUGUGUCUGUCCAUGAAUGAAAAAAAAUCCAGGACAUCCUGUUAAGUAAUACGACAAAAUGAGUCGAAAUUGACUGAUUAUCCCGCCCAGACCCGAUUUAGGAUGUGAUUUUUUUAGUUACUCUGUUUGGACCAUUGAAAAUACUUCGAUGGAAAAUAAUUUCAUAUAAUAUUUUUUCUUCGAUUUACCAUAAUAUAAAAUAUAUAUUUUACAAGCCUCGUGUUACAAAAAAAGAUGUAAAGCCUAAGAUAUUUUAAUGUGUCAAAAAAUAUAAAACAUUAGUUCUUGUUGUGAUGUAAAUAAUUUUAUAUAGAUUAUUUAAGCGUGAAGAUUCUAUAUCCAUGAAGUGGACGCUGCGUGUGACGGCGUUUUCUUGCCACUAGUCGAUGUCGUUCCUCUGUGUGGACGGUGUGACGCAGCCCCGGCGAGGCCUGCGCCGGGAGGAAGGUGCGAGGCGCUAGCUCCUUGCGAUUUUUGCCAACCACUUGUGGGCGACGGGGACGGGAUGUCGGCGCAGGACACUCCGUCCCCGCCGAGCCGCCACCAGGCCCGCACAGCACAGCACCAAGACGGCCGGGCAGCAGCACUUCAAGGCGAGGAUUGUGUAAAUAGCUGAGUAACUUAUCCCAACAACGAAGGUCGUGACGAGAGCCAAGGACGCGUAAUGAUAACUUGUCAUAACGAAGACCCUCAUCUAUGGGAGGCAAAACAUGAAGACCUUGACUGCGGCGCAACGCGGAAGUCAUCAAAAAGUGCGAUUCACCGACGUAUUUCACAAGUGUUCGUGUAUACAGUGUUUCUUUUUUCCUUGCAUUCUUUGUUUCCACUCUCGCGUGUUCCACCGGACCCGUGUGUGUGUGUCAGAGCGCGCACCGGGUCUUCUCCAGGCAUUCCCUUGUGUUAAGAUUUCUCGUAUAAUCGUUGUGCUAUCAGUGUUUUUUUGCUUAAACUAGAAAGCCUUGUUGAGCGUCACAAAAACAGUGAUAUGGAGUGUGUGUGUGUGUGUGUGUGUGUGUGUGUGUGUGUGUGUGUGUGUGUGUGUGUGUGUGUGUGUGUGUGUGUGUGUGUGUGUGUGUGUGAUUUUUUUUUUUGCGUUUGUGUCUGUCUGUAUGUAUGUAUGUAUGUAUGUCCGCCUGUCUUUGUGUGUGUGUGUGUGUGUGUGUGUGUGUGUGUGUGUGUGUGUGUGUGUGUGUGUGUGUGUGUGUGUGUGUGUCUGUCUGUGUGUCUGUCUGUCUGUCUGUCUGUGUGUGUGUGUGUGUGUGUGUGUGUGUGUGUGUGUGUGUGUGUGUGUGUGUGUCUGUCUGUCUGUGUGUCUGUGUGUCUGUCUGUCUGUCUGUGUGUGUGUCUGUGUGUGUGUGUGUGUGUGUGUGUGUGUGUGUGUGUGUGUGUGUGUGUGUGUGUGUGUGUGUGUGUGUGUGUGUGUGUGUGUGUGUGUGUGUGUGUGUGUGUGUGUGUGUGUGUGUGUGUGUGUGUGUCUGUCUGUCUGUCUGUCGUCCGCCAACACCUUCCUUGUGAACGAAAUGAUUAUGUUGACUGUAAAACCAUUGACAAAUAUUUCCUCCGGAGUUCAAUCAAGUGUUCGGCUGCUUUUUGAAUCUUGCAUCGUUUUGCUAAAAAUAAAAA